AUGGCGGAUUGGGCAAACACUGGUAACAUUUUGGCCGUCGUUCUUGCAAUCCAUCAUUCACCCCGCCAAGUACCGAGAUACCGCCCGCUGUACUCAUGUUUCCGUGAGAGACUCUUACCUACGACGUCGCAAUUUGAGUUCACCCCUCCGAGUCCUUCUGAGUCAUUUUAUCCCUCCCAGCCGGCACCAUUCAAACGUCCGGUUGUCCCUGAUGGCAGUACGGCCUCCAGCAAUGAAGUCCUUCGCAGCCCGUUUCGAGACUGUAUUGGCACAUUUGGACUGCAGAAGUCACUGUUCUUCAGCCUGCCCAGUGAUGGCAAAGUCAACGGUUACAUCAAGUUCUCGUGGCCGAAGGAUAAGCGUGCAAAGAAUACCCUCACUAGCCGUACGGCUUCAAUUUCGGACGCCAAUAGGGUGAUUGAAAUUAAUGACGCCACAGACACAAGUGACGGGUUCGCGUCGCAGUCUUCAAUGGCACUCACUGGCCCCUCCCGAGCACCCUCGAGGAGUGAAGAUUCAGCCAAAUUUACUGUCGAGGUAUCUAGCUUCUACAGUCAACUCUCGGCAGGGAAUACUACGUCUAACACACCGGUCGGAUUCACCUCAUCUACUGUACUCUCGAAUGCUUCUACCGAAGUUGUUUCUAUGGGGGCACCGAAGUUGUUGCCUUCGCAAUAUGGUUUGGAGGCCAAAAUGGACAACACCGACAGACGAUUUUGGAUGUUUUAUGUUUGGAAUUGGUGUCCUGGUCGCAGCAUACUGGUAGACACAAAUCUAUGGCUAAAGGAUUUUGCCCAGAUGCACAAAAGCCUUGGUGUUCGAUCAGCUAUCCAGAGUCUAGCCGGUAUCUACAUAUACGAUUAUUUGCCACUCGACUCUAUUCGCGAUAGGGUCAAUCAACGUUUCUUUGACGCCGAAGAGCGAUAUUCUCAAUUGCUCAAUGAUCCCGCGACUGACCGAGAUGAAGCGCAAGCAAAUGAACUAAUUACCAUUGCUGUAAUUCUCUCCAUGCAAGAUAUUGUGUUAACGGAACGCCGCCUGAAUAAGCCAUUUUCUCCUCGUUGGCUUCGGGGGUUCCGGCAAGGGGAGCAACUUCUUGAAGCAACCGAUCACGGUUCGAGGUUUUGGAAGGCGUCAAACGUACAAUCAUCGUCAUUACGGGUCUCUCAGUCCAUCAUUGUUGGACGUGCAGUCAUCUUGGCCCAACCGAUGUCUUCGUUACCACCACCCCACGAGUUCAAUGCUCAAGAAGAGGCAUCCCGCUUUGGUUGGCUUCUUCAUGGGACAGACAAAGAUAUGUAUAAAAUCCAUGGUGGUUGUGGGUUUUCGAAGAAGCUGCUUCACAUUAUGGGCCAGAUAACGUAUUGUGCAGCGCGAUUGCAGCAAGAGCCGUUGACCCCGAUCGUGCCGGUGACCGCGAAAUAUUUGUAUGCAGAGCUGCGCGAGAUGAGACAAUGGAGCUCUGAGUCGAGGAGUUGGGAGAAUGCAAAAUCUAAGCCACCAAUGAUCAAAUGGAUACGAUCUCGACCGAAGGGUUAUCAGAUUGACACAAACGCAUCAAUGACGGAUGUGACUGCAGAAGCCUGGCGCUUUGCAGCGAUACUUUAUCUCCAAUGUCGGGUGUUCCGAGGGGACCGUGACAUAGAACUCUGGGACUUCGGCGAAGUGAUCUCACAACUAGGAGAGGGUGACGGUGACAGCGGCCUUGAUGGUCUAGGUAUCGCAUGCGAAUGCGACAGCGAGGACGAAUGCAAAUACGACCUCUUGGACGACGACGAGGAAUCAGAGCAUUCGUGCACGGGGUCAGAUGCCGAUUACUACGAGCUAAAUGGUGAACGCACAGACCGAAAGAAAAGAGUUACGAGGCGAAAAGGAACGCCAGCAGGAACGGAAAAAUUUCAGGCGAGAGCUUGA